GCACCCCCAAGCUGCCACUGCAGCAGUCAGAGUGGCGGCCAGAGGCUCGGUCCAUGCUGUGCUCCCUGGACGGUGUUAGCGAGGCUGAGCAAGAGGCCUCGGUGUCUCGACACCUAAGAUUGCAAGGACGGAGCGUCACCAGGUCGGAGGACCAUGUUGCGCCGCAAACCCUCCAACGCCAGCGAUAAGGAGCCCACUCAGAAGAGAAAGCUCUCACUCCAGCGCUCCAGCAGCUUCAAGGAUUUUGCCAAAUCCAAACCCAGCUCCCCCGUGGUGAGCGAGAAGGAAUUUAACCUGGAUGAUAAUAUUCCAGAAGAUGACUCAGGUGUCCCUAUCCCAGAAGAUGCCGGGAAGAGUGGCAAAAAGCUGGGGAAGAAGUGGAGGGCCGUGAUUUCCCGAACCAUGAACAGGAAGAUGGGCAAGAUGAUGGUGAAGGCCCUGUCAGAAGAGAUGGGAGACACUCUGGAGGAGGGCUCAGCCUCCCCGACUUCGCCAGACUGCAGCCUGGACAGCCCCAGCCCUGAGAAGAUGGCACUGGCCUUUUCUGAGCAGGAGCAGGAGCUUCCGGCACUUAGCCGCCAGGCAUCCACAGGCAGUGAGCUCUGCAGCCCCAGCCCAGGCUCUGGCAGCUUCGGAGAGGAACCACCUGCCCCACAGUACACAGGGCCCUUCUGUGGCAGGGCACGAGUCCACACCGACUUCACUCCCAGCCCCUAUGACCAUGACUCGCUGAAACUGCAGAAAGGAGAUGUGAUCCAGAUCAUUGAAAAGCCACCUGUGGGCACAUGGCUGGGCCUGCUCAAUGGCAGGCUGGGAUCUUUCAAGUUCAUCUAUGUGGAUGUGCUGCCUGAGGAGGCCGCAGGACCUGCCCGCCCCACCCGCCGACAAAGCAAGGGCAAGAGGCCCAAGCCCAAGACUCUGCAUGAGCUGCUAGAGCGCAUAGGCCUGGAGGAGCACACGUCCACCCUGCUGCUCAAUGGCUACCAGACACUGGAGGACUUCAAAGAGCUGCGGGAAACACACCUCAAUGAGCUGAACAUCAUGGACCCACAGCACCGGGCCAAGCUGCUCACGGCCGCCGAGCUGCUGCUGGACUACGACACCGGCAGCGAGGAGGCGGAAGAGGGCACCGAGAGCAGCCAGGAGCCAGCGGCAAACACAGUGUCCGAACCCAAGGUGGACAUUCCUCGAGACUCUGGCUGCUUCGAGGGCUCAGAGAGCGGGCGUGAUGAGACGGAGCUGGCGGGCCCUGAGGAGCAGCUGCAGGGCCUCUCCCUGGCCGGGGCGCCUUGAGGCAGAGGCGGCGGCACAGGCCGAGGCUGGGCCCCAGCGGCAAACACUGGGGAUGGGCCCGGCCUCCCACAGAGGCCCAGACCCCAGAGGACUGGUGCCGAGUCCGGCCCUGCUCCCCUAGCGGUGCCCAGGGCUGCGGAGGCCGGCCAAGGCCCUCCCUGUAGGCUUGGCUGGAGUGGAUGCGGAGCCACCCAGGGUCAUGUCCCAUCCACCCAGUCCCCUCCCUCCACCAGCUACUGACAGCACAGAACUUCCAGGCACUGCCUGCUCCCAGUCACAGCAAGUGGGACACUGCGGGGCCAUCCUACCCAUGUCCCUCACCACCGAGGCCCCCAAGCCCUCCUCACCCUCACACCACUUUCCCCUGUCACACUGCUCCUGAAAAGGGGGCCAAGUCAAUGUUUCAGGUACGUUUCAAAACCCUAGGGAGGCUGGCCAUUUGAAAGGACCCUAACUCAUCAUGGGUCCAUACAGACUUCCCCGAACAAGGCUUGAAGAAAGCCACAUGGACCUUCCCCACAUUCCUUCUCCUUAACUUUUUGAGAGGUCUGGCCACUAAAUCGCCAUCUGACUUAAACCAAGUGCUUUCCCCAAUCAAGGUGUAGGACUGGUGAGGAUUAGAGUGGAUACUGCUGAGGACCUUGCCAGCUCUGACAUUCUGUGACAUUAAAAGUCUGCUCUCCUGUCACCUGUGGCUGAGGACACCAGUGGGGUUUACUGAGGGAGCUGAAGGGACUUUGGGCUCCCAAAUGAAACGGCUCCUCCUGCUCAUUCGUUCCAUACCUCCCCACGUGACUCAAGCCAAGAUACAACUUCCCCCAGCUUAAAACAAUAUGACCCUCCCUUUCCACUCCUGGCACCAUCCAACGACACUUCCCCUGAAGGCCAAUGGCAGAUAGAUCUGACUUCCAAGGACAGAACUGCCCCUCUGAAGCCAGAUGCACGUCUGGACUCAGACUCGGCCCCCUGUAAGGGUUCUUAGAAACAAAGAAAGCAUGAAGCUUGACACUGGGGAGUCCACUACCCCCAACUUUGCUUUCCAAGAGGUUUUGAUGUACAGUUUUAGAACGGGAGGAAGCUUAUCUGUUGGUGGGGGCCCUCCCUUGAUGUCAAUACCAAGUCUGUGCCCUGAAUUCCCAGAGUAAACCUUCCCCAGGGUCCAACUGGCCUGGGGACAGGGCCCACUAUGUCUAGGACGGCCUGCUUCGUGAACACACUUCUCGACCUACUAUGAAGAAUUUUGGUAAAAGCUACCUUGGGGAAAAGGUUUGGGUGUAAAUAUGAGGGGAUGGAGGCGGAUAAGUUGGCAGCAAUAAACAUAGGUAGAACUAAUUACAGUCUCCAGUUAUCUUUCCUAUGGAGAGAGGGUUGGAGGAAGGUCACACCAGUAUCCUUUGAAGCUGGACUCAGCAAAAUGACCUCCAAUGACCUUUCAGGAUCAUCUGUCCCUUCCCUGAAGAUGCUCACUGCCCUUGAUCCUGCCAACUUAACACUCCAGUUUGAAGCACUAACUGGCUCUGCCCUCCCUGUUAACCAGCAAUCCUCAGAGUACAGGAUCCCAGAGCCACAGGCCUUGCUGGGGUCUGAGAGUGUGGGUAUCUAUUUCCCUCUUCCUAGAAUGGUUAUUUAACAAGAGCCUUGAAGACCUACACCAGUGAGGAAGGGCCCAUGCUAGGGGCUGUCCAGGGUCCAAAAGGGAGAAAUUUGGAUUCCACAGGGCCUUCCCUCUGAGGCCACCUCUUCUUGGACCCCAUCCUGUCCCCACUGAAACUAUAGAAACUCCUGGGAGGUGGGACAGAGACGACAAACUCCCUCUGUUUCUGCCUGCACGAACUGCACUAGGGAUGGCAGACUGCGGUAAGAGCUGCCGCCAGAGUGAACACAAGGCUGCUCUGCUUCCAGGCUUUGUUCUCAGCUGUGCUCACACCACUGCCCUUAGUGGCUGUGGGCCACAGGCAGCUGCAACCAUUAUCCUCACCAGAGAAACCAGGAGAAGCUCAAACAGCCUCUAAGCUCCAAUGGUACCGUGUACUUGCUGCCAUUUAGUAGGCACCAACUGCGGUACCAGAAACCAAGCACUUGGCCUUUAUUCUCACAGAUAAUCAAUCUCCGAAGUACCCUGCUCCUGCUUCCCCCUGCCCAGGUACAUGCCAUCAUCUUCCCACUUUACAGAGGAGGAAACCGAAGCUCAGACAGGUUGAAGAAGUUGAGUAGGGAGUCCGACAACCUUUCAGAAGCCUCCUGCCCUCCAAAGGGCAAUCUGACCCUCUGUCAUGUGCCUUUGACACCCUUUGACCUGGACAUUCCCCUCCUAGGACUUGAUCCACAGAAAGAGCCACACAAGUGCACAGAUAUAUGGACAAAGACGCUCAUAGCAGCUUUGUCUGCAAGGGUAAGCAAUUGGAAGCAACGCAAAUGGGGAAUUAGAUACGUUAUAGUUCGUUCACAUAAUACUGUGCAGCUAUUAAUCAUGACGUGGUAGAAAAAUAUUUCAUAACACAGGGAAAAAUCUUUGUGAUUUUUUAUUGUUUGAUUACAAAUUUUUAAAUUAUACAAUAAUGUACAAACAUUCCUGUUGUAAAAGAAGUCUGUGCUGGAUCAUGGGGGGCGGGGAAUGAGUACUAAAACAUUAUUUAUAGGGUGAUUCCAUUUUUAUUUAA